UAAAUUGAUUAGGCUGCGUUGUUAAAUAUUGUUCGAUUCUAAAUUACUGUGAACGAAAACUCGGAGAAACUGUUUGAAUUGUCACUUACCGGAUAAAUGACUGUCUAUAUCAGUUCGGAAAAGUUACGGUGAUCGCAAUUCUUAGGCGAAGUGAACGUAGAAGAGUGAGUGUACCAGCAGUAUUAAUAUUUGACGAACUAUUUCUAAAUUAGUUUCAUAGUAGCAAUUAUAUUUCUAAUUUACCAUGGAUGUCUCCAAUUCGUACGAAGAUCCGUUGUCUUCUUAUAAACGAACUGAACGCCAAGAAAUGAUGAUAGCUGCGCCAUUAGAUUUAUCAUUUAAAAAAGCAACAACCAUGAGGGAAUUAGCAGACAAACGCCCGCAAGCAGCACGGACAGGUAAAUUACCGUUACGAACUCCUACAGAUCGGUUCGUAACAUGUUCGUUCUGGAUAAGUCAUAAUUCGUUAACUUCGAUGGACGGAUUUGAGAAUCUUACACAGAAACUUCUCGAUGACCCUGCGUACCUCAGCUGGAUCGAUCUUUCUUUCAACGAAUUAAAGAACAUUGGCGAUGACAUUACAAAAUUUCCGAAUCUAAAGAUCGUUUAUUUACACGGUAAUGAUAUAUCGAAUAUCAACGAUGUCGUGAAAUUGAAAAACUUACAAAACCUGCGGUCUUUAACACUGCAUGGAAACCCUAUAGAAAAUCUUCAGUAUUAUAGGGGAUAUAUCGUUCACAUUCUUCCGCAAUUGUCGUCAUUAGAUUUUUCUACUAUACUUUCUGUCGAGAAGAAAAGAGCACCGCCAGCUGGAUUUUAUAAAGUGGUACACGGCGCUACAUGAAUAUAAAACUUUAUUUUUAAACUGCAUUUGUAUUAAAUACACGCCCUUUUAAGUAUUGUUAUUCGUAA